AAAAAACUGAAAGCAAAACUUGAAUUAAGAGAUGUCUUUAACUGGAAGUCCAGGCCAUGCUAACGGUGCUUAUGAUGCUUACGAAUCCUAUUAUGAUCCUGACUUUUCGGCUGAAAUAAGUGCUAGAAUGCAUGUUCCGGAUAAGAUACGUUUGGUUGAUGGCAUAGAAGAUACUGGAAGAAUAGCACCUCCUAUGGAAGUAAAAUCUAUGAUGUAUGUGCCCGAUAGGAUUAUUGUAGCAGGUAAUAAUCAGCACAUUGCAGUUCGAGAAUCUAUACCAGAGCUAAAGUUUGAUUCCAGUUUGUCACUCCCUCACCAAAAUUAUGUGCUUACUGCUCCUCCAAACGUGCUCACAGUUGAUGAAUACCCUUAUCCCUCUGCAGAAUUUGAAACUUCAAAACCUGACAAACAAAAGAAGGUUGUUUUAGAUCAAUCUUUCAAAGCUGCUGAUCUGAAUGAGACAUCUUUAAAUACAAGUUGUGCUCCUGAGGAAGAACUGUCAAUUCUCCGAAGGCAAGUUAGGAAUUUGUCUCGUAGAGUUUUAACAAUUGAACAGGAGAAUCAACAAAGGCAACAGCGAGAGAUAAUUUUAUAUGCUCUUGGAGUAACAUAUUUUCUCUUCAAAGGGUUGUUUUGGCUUCAUAGACAUUUUUGAAAGAGGAAGAAAAGUAAAAUUAAAGUGUUUGUAUAGAUUUAUAAUAGUUCAGUAGUUCUAAAAUGAUCCUUAUUUAAAUUUUGUAUCAGUGUGAUACAUUUCAAAUGUAUACAAAGUGUAAAGAGUAUGAAUUGUGUAAAGUCUCAUUUUAAAAUUGAAAAAUAUUUGCUUUUCUGUGAAAAGCUUGUUAUGAUGUUUAUUUUAUAUUUUAAAGUUGUAUUAUGGCUAAAAGGAGAAAAAAAAUGUAAAAAAUCUUUCUUCAUAUUUAAAAGAAGAAUUGUUUUUGUAUUUCUUCUACAAAAUUUGAAGAACACUCUGAUGUAUAGGAAAAUUUUCCCUACUAUUUCUUCUAAUAUUUUAAAUUUUAUAGUUAUGUACUUUUUAUUUUCUGUCAUACAUUGUACAAAACAAAUGUCAGUUUAGUUUAUUUUUAAAUAUUAACGUAAAACAAUGAAGUUGUACUUGAAUUUACUAUUAAAUAAAAUGGGAAAAACUUAUUUGAAAAAUUUUAAAUGAAAAAUGAUUUUGAUAUAAAUUUAAGGAUGUAGUUUUUAAAAUAAAAUUAAGAUUGAGUUUUAUUACUAGAAAUAUUUGUUAAUUAAUAUUUAAAACUUAAAAUGCAAUUUUUCUAAAAAUGUACUUUUUAUAGAGCAAAGUUGAUAAGAAUGGUGAAUUAUUAAAAGUUUACCAGUCCCUUAAUUAUUUUAACAAUUCAAGUAUUUUUCAAUAUUUUCUAAAAUUCGAAUCAUUGUAGUAUAGGGGUGCACAACUUUAAAGUCGAUUCACAGAACUGUUUAGGCUGCUGAGAUCCAAACUUGACUAGAAGGUAAAUAUUCGAACAGUAAAUGUUCAUAUGUAUAGUACAUUAUAAAAUAUUUAAUAGUUGACCCCCUUUUUUCCCAACUAGUUUUAGGGCUAAAAUUUAAAUUUGUAAAUGGGAGGGAGUCUCUUCCUCCACUAGUUAUACUUAAAUGGGAUCACAUUUGUUUUUGGAAGGAGAUAAAUUAGAAAUAUUAUUUGAAUAAAUUAACAUUAUAGGUUUUUUCACCUUGUAUAACAAUUUUUGUGUUCCAUGUUACUAUUUUCAACAACUUUCAAAUUCUAUGCUGUUAUUUCACGAAACUAUGUUGAAUUAAUGUAUAUUUAUUCACCAGUUACUAGGAAGUAGGAAGAUAUUUUAAUUUGAUUGUGACAGUAUUUUCAAUAGUGUUUGUUAAGAGAAAACUUCUCAAUUCUUUUUUGAAUGGUUACAAAGUUGGCAAUCCUUUUAGAAUGAUAACAUCGCAACAGUAAAAUUUUAAAGAAACCUUGGGCUUCUUGGGACUGCAUUUUAAUCAUUUGUCAAAAGCUGUGCACCUCUAGUAGUGUAGUAGGUAUUCUGAAAUCUGAAUCUAAAGUAAAGUUUUGAGCUAAAUGUACUAAUAAUGUUUUUUUUUCUGUAAAAACUUUAUUAUUACACAAAUAGAAUUAUUUCAUUUUAAAAUUUUGUCUUUGUUAAAACUAACAUUUUUUUUUUAUCUAUUUUGAAACUCUGUUGCAUCAUUUGAAAUAUUAAAGUAUCAUAUCCAUACAGUUGUAUUACAGAUGUUCAUUUGAAUUUCACGAUUUUGAAAGUUAUAUUUUAUGCAUUAAAUGCAACAAUUGUCCUUUCUAUAUUUGUAUGAUCUCAUACUGCUAAAUGAGGUAUUGUGGAUGCGAAGGUUGAAUUCAACCAAAGUUAGUUUUAAAAACGCAUGUUUUAAGACAAACAAGGUAUUCAAGGCGUACUUUCAGUGUGUGAUGUCUCACUUUUGGUUUUAUUUCAUAGCAAUGUUUUAUAAUAAUAAACUUAUGUAAUGAGAAAUUUGGUUGAACUUCCUUUGGGAAAAAAUACAUUUUAUUUAUAAUUUAUAGAACAUGAAUGUUUUUGUAAAGAAUUUUGAAGCAAUAUUCGGUUGUCAUAAUAUUGGUCAUCUCCUGUUUUCUUUUUUGGUGUGGAGUAAGUCAAAUGCUGAUUUCAGUAAUAGCUGACAGUAUAUUGACCAAGGUAAUGGAACAUUUAGCAGGACAGAUUAAUAAUAUCUUAAAGUUUUGCAGAGAGCACAGGCACAUGAGAGUUGUAAUGCCUGUUAAUGAAACUUUCAUAAGAUUCAACUUGGAUGAGUCAUACUGCCAUCAGAAACUGCUAAAUUUUUGUUUUUGCAUUUUUGUCAUCCAUUGUACUUAAGCUUUGUCGUACAAUCUUGCUUGUGUGAUUUCCGCUGAAAAUAAAGCACAAAAGAAACAUCAAAUUCCAACAUUUCCCUAUUGCUAGUGUAGAAUCUGAUCUUCAGACAUCUCAAAAACUCAUUUCUGCAAAUGCUGCUCUUUACCUUCCCAUGGCAACAUAACAGCUUCACUUUCCUAUCUAUAGUUUCACUGCAGGCUUGAUGCUUAAGCUGUAACUUUUACGAAUGUGGAACUUUGAUUUUUAUAUGAAUUGACAAAUCUUCACCAAAGACAUUCUUAAUUUUUUAAAGAUUAGUGAUAGAUAUCAGUUUUUUCACAGAAGUGGCUAAGCGGUUCAAACCGUAUAUUCUGAACUAAUAACAUCACACUAAUAAUGCAUGGUGAUCAGCUCUGUUCUUCGCUAGAUUUCAUGCAGUCACUCUAAAUACUUAAAAAACUGCAAUUUAAUUUUAAUCCACUUGGAAGGUACUUACAUGGCGGUAUUAACGUAGUAGUGUUCCCAUAGGAUAUACUCUGUAUACUCUGAAACAUUUUUUUAAACACAUAGCGCAGGGCUGCCACUGCAGACUAAAAAGGCGACUAUUUUGAAGAGUUGCAGACUAUGAUGACUAUUUCAGCCUGAAUUAAGUCAAAAACACCUAUUUUGUAAAAACUGCAACUAUUUUGGCUUAAAAGCGACUAAAAUGUGAGACAGCGAUGUAAAAAAAAAAAGAAAGAAAAGAAAAGGGAAAUGUAAAAAAGAAACUUCAGCUUCAAGUAUCAUCGGUCAACCUUUUCUAAGUUUGAACUCACUCUGUCUGCUAAAUUACGCAAAAAGCCACCAAAUGGGCUAGCUCAGCCUUAUUUAUUGCCAAGAAUAAGUAAAGCAGACCUUUUUUUAUUUUUUCUGUUGGUGCCAUCAGGCAAUCAUCAUAACAAUAGAAUAAUAAUAAUAACAUUGUGAAGGGGAAUGUAAGGUUCGGUUUUGGGGGUUGGCAAUUACAACCUUGUACUUCCUGGUUGGGAUGGAAAUAUGUAGUAGUUUAACUAAUUCAAUGGCAAAGCAAGGUUUAAAGGGGCAGAGACAGCUUUUUUUAGGUUACUAUGGAUCAUUAUUUUCUGGCAACCCUACCGUUUUUCUUUGCUUGAUGUUCUCUGCAGCUACAAUGUUUGGACAAUGUAAUUUAACAAACAGAGUAUUUAGCCU